AAUUUCUUCUCCCUGUGCUUCCUGGUUUUCUCGUUUUUUCCGAAGCAUUUCCUGCUUGAAAGAGAGUAAAAGAGACAAAGCUUCAACUUUCUUUGCUCGCGACAAUGGAAGACAAGCAUGCAUCUCUCGAAUCAAGCCCUAAUGAAGCAAACGGUGUCCAUUCUGCGAGUCAUAGCGUCAACAACAACAGCGACCAUGGAUGGCAGAAGGUCACCUACGCAAAGCGACACAAGAAGACCAACGCCAACAACAACAAUAACUCUCAUCCCCUGGCGAAUUCCAACGGUACCUUGGCCGGUGGUGCCGACAACGUUUUCCGUUCAAUCGAAAAGCAAUCGGAGGACCGCCGCCGGCGAAUUCUAGAAGCACAGAGAGCGGCCAAUGCUGGCUUUGCUGAUGUUCCGGUCAGAUCCAAACAACGGGCUGAUUACGAUGACGAGGAGGAUGAUGAUGACGAUAAUGAUGGUGCGGGGGCUUCGGCGGAGAAUGGGAAAGGGGAAGAUGGGAAGAAGGUAAAGCCAAAAAAGGUGAAGAAGCCGAAGGUGACUGUGGCAGAAGCGGCUGCGAAGAUCGACGCUUCUGAUCUGGCGGUUUUUCUGGCUGAUAUAUCGACAUCCUACGACAACCAGCAGGACAUACAGAUGAUGCGAUUUGCAGAUUAUUUUGGACGUGCAUUUUCUUCGGUGAGCUCCUCUCAAUUUCCUUGGAUGAAGUUGUUCAGGGAGUCGACCGUGGCUAAGAUAGUUGAUAUUCCUCUCUCUCAUAUAUCUGAUGCGGUAUAUAAGACAUCAGUUGACUGGAUCAACCAGCGUUCUUCUGAGGCACUAAGCUCCUUUGUGCUGUGGUCUGUAGAUAGCAUUCUUGCCGAUAUAGCUAGCCAGCACACUGUAGCCAAGGGCUCAAAAAAGGGUUCGCAACAAGCCACCUCAAAAUCUCAGGUUGCCAUAUUUGUUGUUUUAGCAAUGGUAUUGCGACGGAAGCCUGAUGUCCUAGUUACUCUAUUACCCACGUUGAGGGAAAAUGUGAAGUAUCAAGGGCAAGAUAAACUUCACGUGAUUGUUUGGAUGAUAGCUCAGGCUUCAGUGGGGGAUCUCUCAGUAGGAUUAUAUGCUUGGGCUCGCAAUCUUCUACCCAUAGUGACAAGCAAAAGUGGUAACCCACUAUCCAGAGAUUUGAUUUUGCAGCUGGUGGAAAAGUUUUUGUCUGCCCCAAAAGCUCGGUCUAUUUUAGUAAAUGGUGCUGUAAGGAAAGGGGAACGAUUACUUCCACCUUCUUCAUUUGAAAUAUUGAUGCAAGUUACUUUCCCUGUAUCUUCAGCUAGAGUAAAGGCUACUGAGAGAUUUGAGGCUGUAUAUUCCACCCUGAAAGAGGUGGCUCUCGCUGGUUCCCAUGGAAGUAAAGCAAUGAAGCAAGCUUCCCAACAGAUAUUCAAUUCUGCAAUCAGAGCAGCAGGGGAAAGAAAUCCUGAGUUAUCAAAGGAGGCAACUAAUAUUGUCAUAUGGUGUUUGAGCCAAAGCUCCGAAUGCUACAAGCAAUGGGAAAAAGCUUAUGAGGAGAACCUAGAAGCGAGCAUUUCUGUUCUGAAAAAGUUGUCUGACAAUUGGAAGGAAGAAUCUGCAAAAUUGUCUCCUCAUGAGCCACUAAGGGAGACUCUAAAGAAUUUUAAGCAAAAGAAUGAGAAAGCUUUGGCUUCUGGAACUGAUGCUACUCAACAAGCACUCUUCAAGGAUGCAGAUAAAUAUUGUAAGGUAAUCUUAGGAAGAGUAUCUCAAAGCCAUGGGUGCAAGACAUGUAUGACCUUCACAGUCAUUGCUUUGGCUGUGGGUGUCUUUUUUCUGUCCCCAAACAUGGAGUCUUGGGAUUUGAAGAAACUGUCAGAAGCUUUCAACUCUCAUAGCGGUUUUUGAUAAAUAUUCUGCAAUACAGCAGCUGGUUGCAUCAGACGGGGAUUUUCUUCGCAGCAUAUGCCUUUCUCGGGUAAAGUAGUGCAAUUGCUUCAAAGAGAAAGUGCAGAUGGGAUGUUGUACACUUAGAUUGAGAAUAUGAGGCCAGCACUACUUGUGGUGCUUACUUUCCUCUCGAACAUAGGAGGAAGAUCGAAUUUCCAACUUGUUAGUUUUUAAAUUAAAUUUCUGCUUAGCAGGGUUUACUUUCUUUCAUAGUUUGACCAUUUAGUGUUUCAUUUAAUUUUCUUGUACCUUUCUUCUGGAUCUCCUAAGUUAAGCUUUUAGCAUUGCAGAGCUGGCACAAUACACAAGUAAAUUUUGUAUUCUGAAGUGAGUUUUAGUUGAAUCAGAAGAAUUUUUACGACCCAAUACAGAAGAAUGUUCUGCUAA